CGCAGCUCAUGUGACCUGACCCACGUGGUGCGAUGAAUACAUAAAGAAGAGGCUCGUAUCCCAAUCACAGUUUGUUGAAGGGAAACCUGGAGCUGAAGAUUUGAAGUUCACACAUUACAGCUGGCAAACGAGCUACAGGCCCUCUGCAUUGUGACAAGGAAUAAGGAAAUGAGUCGUUUCUAUCAGUACACUAAUAGACUACAAACAAACCAGGCAAAAUGUGGCAUUCAGCCUUUCUGUUGUUGGCUGCCAGCUUGUCGGUGAGCCUGGCCAGACCCCACCUCAAACCACUGUCCAGUGAGAUGGUCAACUACAUCAAUAAGGUCAACACUACUUGGAAGGCUGGUCACAACUUCCAUAAUGUCGACUACAGUUAUGUGAAGAAACUCUGCGGUACGUUGCUGAAGGGACCUAAGCUGCCAAUCAUGGUUCAGUUUGCUGGAGACCUGAAGCUGCCUGAAAGCUUUGACUCCAGAGAGCAGUGGCCCAACUGUCCCACUCUGAAGGAGAUCAGAGACCAGGGCUCCUGUGGAUCCUGCUGGGCAUUUGGCGCUGCAGAGGCCAUCUCUGACCGAGUGUGUAUCCACAGCAACGCCAAGGUCAGCGUGGAGAUCUCCUCAGAGGACCUGCUGACCUGCUGCGAGAGCUGUGGCAUGGGAUGUAAUGGUGGCUACCCUUCAGCUGCCUGGAACUUCUGGACCAAUGAGGGUCUGGUCUCUGGUGGUCUCUAUGACUCCCACAUUGGUUGUCGGCCCUACACCAUCCCCCCCUGUGAACACCAUGUGAACGGCAGCAGACCCUCCUGCUCUGGGGAGGGUGGAGAUACACCCGAGUGCAUCUCCCAGUGCGAACCUGGAUACACACCCAGCUACAAAGUGGACAAGCACUUUGGUAAAUCGUCUUACAGCGUGCUGUCAGAUGAGAAGGAGAUUCAGAGUGAGAUAAUGAAGAAUGGCCCAGUAGAGGGAGCCUUUACCGUCUAUGAAGACUUUGUGCUCUACAAGUCUGGUGUGUAUCAGCAUGUGUCUGGUUCCGCGGUUGGUGGCCACGCCAUCAAGAUCCUGGGCUGGGGAGAGGAGGGUGGUGUUCCCUACUGGCUCUGUGCCAACUCCUGGAACACUGACUGGGGUGAUAACGGAUUCUUUAAGUUCCUGAGAGGAUCGGAUCACUGUGGUAUGGAGUCUGAGAUUGUGGCGGGGAUUCCCAAAUAAAUUCUAAGGUUCUGAGCUGUGGUGUCAUGACAUAAUCACCAGAGAGCGACACACUCAAAAGGCCUGCUCUCGAACUCUUAACAGCUUUUUUUUUUUUUUUUUUUGAAAUGAUCACCUUGCACACAUUGCAUGUGGUUUUCUUUUGACAACAGACAGAAAAAAACCUCAAGAGCUACCUUCACCUCAUUUAUUAGCAGAUAGAGUACGGGCCUGACAACAAAUCAGAAUUGUGUUAUUGAAUAUGUUUUACGUGAAUGAGCUGUUGCAAGGGCUUAUUCCUUCACCUCCUAAAGCAAUGUCAAUCAAGGUUGCACAGGACAAAAAUGUUUCUAAAAACGUGUAGGUACUUUCCUUCAAAUCACCUGAUAUUUAUCAGGUGAUUUGAAGGAUACUGUCCCUGAUGUAGAACUGUAUUUGUCCCUAUGUCGUCACAUUUUCUGCACUGGCAGAGAGGGUCUUAGAGCAACACAGCCCAUGAUUGAGAUAACACAGAGACUGUUUGAAUGUUUAUAAUUUUUAAUGAUCACAGCUUUCAUAUUGUUCAUGUUAGGAUUAACCCAUUGUGAUUGGUGCCUGUAAGUGUUUUAAAACUUUGAGUAAUGGAUGAGAAAUAAAACUUUUUUUUAAAAAAAUGUAUAUGGUUGAAAUGGGAUGUUUUUAAUUGUCUGCCUGUAUCGAUCCAAAUAUUGGCACAUAACUGUUGUGCCCUGAAUUAAAUAAAACAAUUUGGUUCCAAA